AUGCGGAAGCUUCGGGACAAAGAUGAAGUACAGGUGGUGUACCGUUGGCGCCACAAUCAUGACGAUUCGGCGAAGGCCAGAUCGAAAAUGCCCCUGAGUGGAAUCGAGCUUGAGUGGGUCAAAAAAAUGGCUGCAGACGGCCUCGACUGGAAGUCGAUAAAGGCUCGGCUUCGUUUAGACAACUGGUCACUUCGUCAGCUUGAGGACCAAGAAUCUCUUCAAACGUUGCCUCCCUGCCUUUACAUGCUGUACGACGACGUUCGAACAGUCGUGUACCGCAAUCGGACGCAGUUAUCUCGAAAGGCGGUCAGCCCCUCGUACAGUGUGAAGCUUUGGCUUGAGCAGAUCAAAGACGAAGGUGGUAAAAGCAUGUUCAAGGAUGAGGCCGCGCAGAACAAAAAUCACUACCUUUUUGCUUGGUGUACAAGGUUUCAGCUAAAGAUCUUGAAGGACAACACCACCAUUGUGUCCCGAGUUAUUGAGACUGACUAUCCUCUGACCACUUUGAACUUGUGCGGCAACUCGAUCGGAUCCAAUGGAACUCAGGCGCUAUCUGAGGCACUCAAGACCAACUCGACUCUGACCACUCUGGACUUGUGGAACAACUCGAUCGGAGAUAACGGAGCUCAUGCGCUGUCUGAAGCACUCAAAACCAACUCGACUCUGACCACUUUGACCUUGCAGGACAAUUCGAUCGGACCCAACGGAGCUCAGGCGCUGUCUGAGGCACGCAACACCAACUCAACUGUGACUAUUUUCGGAUGA